AUCGGCGAAGGGUCGCACUUCGGUUUCUACCGCUCUAGAAACUCCUUGCCCACCACGAUGUUCUUUUCGAUAGUCCCGCGCGGGUAUUCCCCACGCUCGCAGAUUCCAGUUAAUGAAGUCGCGAAUCACCACCCCUGCCCACGCCUCACCCUCCAACGUCCCUAAUAUACGGCAAUGCGCACCACACCAACGUGAAGGUGGGGCCUUCUCGAACGACCAUCAAAGAAAUGAACGCACGUCCACUUCGCGCAGCUCGGUCGACAGCGUCUCUCCCUCGAACCCUCAGCGCCACCACGACGCACAUCCAGCCACCACAAUGCGCCUCCCCCUCGCCCUGCUCACGUCGAGCAGCACGACCACCGCCCUAACACUACACCAAAGCCCCGCCCCAGUCCCAGUCCCCGCAAUAACAAACAUAUCGUACUGGGGCUCCGCGUGUCCCUCCUCGGGCCUCUCGUACACGUUCCCGCCGCCCGCAAACACCACCGCCCCCUCCAACGCCAGCACCGCCAGCGUCCCACUCGCCUUCACCCUCUCCAACUUCAGCCCCACCUUCUCCUCCUUCGGCUCCAGCCUGCGCAUGUGCAACGCCGUGGUCUUCGUCGCGGUGGACAAGGGCUGGAAAGCCGUCGUCAACAGCAAAGGCACCGCGGCAAAGGGCGACGCGCAGGUGCCGGAGGGUGCGAGGCUUUACCUCCGGGGGAGCUGGGCGUGGGCGGAAGAUAUGGGCCGCCAGGUACGUCUUGCUCCGCGCUCGUUGCACUUUUCCUUUCCGCGUGGCAGGCGGGCCGUACCGCUUGCUCCGGGGGUCCAGUGCGCGUGGGCGUCUUGCUUGGGAUGCAGAGUAGCGACUCACGGGAUGCGCAGAGCGUCGGCAUGUUCGACACGCCGGGCCCGCUCGCGGGGCCUUUCGCGCAUCUGCUCACGCCGGUGGAGGGCAGCGACGGCGGCGUGGCGUCGGGGUGUGAGGGCGGGGUGCAGGAGCUGGAUGUCGAAUUCCAGGCGCGGGCGGUGAACGAGACCGACGCGUUUGGAGAAGCGGAGGGCGUGGGGGAGGCGGCGUGGACGUUGACGACGGAUGUGGAGGUUGUGAGAUGCUGAACGGUGGGAUCUGCCCAACUC